GCGGAGAGAAGCGCUGCUAAUAUAUGGAAGUUCAUAUUUACUUGCAGAUAACCUUUAAACGUUUGUAGGUAUUUUAUUGUCUGGUUGUGCAGCUGGUGAUUAUAGAAGAUAUCUAUUCAAUCGAUUGUGUUUUUUCGCUUAUGUUAGUUUGGGUAGAGUGGACGUACCUUUGUCUGUGAGUGAAUAAUUUAAAGUAUUUUAUGUGGAUGGCCAGUGCUGUGCACUUUUUCCACAUUAGAAGGUCUGUGGGAAGCAUUGCCUCCAUUGGAGGACCAUGCGUCACGUGUUGUCCGUCACGUGGCCCCCUAGGAAAAAGGGGUGAUUUUUGGUGUAAAUCUAGACUGUAAUUCUGCAAUAUAUCAUACGACCUCGUAAAAACGACAUUUGAACCUUCUGGCCAACAAAUCACUGGCCAAAUUAUGAGUUCGUUGUAUUAUGCGAAUGCGUUGUUUUCCAAAUAUCAAACGGCGAGCUCGAUGUUUCCAAGUGGGGUUUUCCCCGAGCAAACUUCUUGCGCUUUCGCAUCCAGUAGUUCCCAGCGAGCCAGCAGUUAUGGCUCUUGUCCUGGCGGUGCUUCCUUCUCCUCUACCUCCUCAGCCUCCACACUGCCGGCCGUAUACAGCACCGGAGCGCCACUGUCCAGCCAGACGCAGAGCGCGUACACCGCCGGCUAUGGGUUCGCCACCGGCCCACUGAACAUGCACUGCUCCGCCUUUGAGUAUCCUGGGCUGGCAUCGAGAUGCGCCGUUGAUCCGUCCAAGGCACUCGGGGGAUGCAGUAAGCCAGAGCAGCGGACAUGCAGCCAGGAAGACGAAGACAACUACAGAAUCUACCCAUGGAUGAGAAGCACAGGUGGAGACAGAAAGAGGGGCCGGCAGACGUACACCCGUUACCAGACGCUGGAGCUGGAGAAAGAGUUCCACUUUAACCGAUACCUCACCCGGCGGAGGCGCAUCGAGAUAGCGCACGCUGUCUGCCUCACCGAACGUCAGAUCAAAAUCUGGUUCCAAAACCGACGGAUGAAGUGGAAGAAGGAGAACAAGACGGCGGAGUCCAGCUCUCCCACCACCGGCACGACAGGCGCAGAGGAAGAGGAGGAGGACGACGAGGAGGAGGAUGAGGAAGAGUGACGGCUGUGGUGACGCGUCGUGGGCGCAUGGAGCGGGGAUCCAGACAAACUCUAAAUAUAAAUGGAGAAAAUUACUUCACCUCCAUCUGUGCAACACUGAGUAAAAAACAAUCAUACUACCUAAUAAAAUCUCCUUAGGUGUUUCGGAGCUGUGCAGGUUAAAGUGCCGCAGCCUUUUGUGAGCAGUGAUGAGGUAUAUGUUUGGAUUUGCACAUAUAGCCUAUGUCCUAUAAAACAACUCAUUCGAUGCUGUGUUUAUUAUUGUGUAGAAUAGUUGUGUGCUCUGGGAUGUGGAAAAAGGGACAUUUUAUACUGUACUGCAUUACUCUCUUAACAAAUCUGUUUUUGUGUACCAAUGAA